ACUAGCAGUGCUGCCCGUGAGCCCACCGCGGACCAGGCUGCGCUGGUUAGAGAUGGCGUCCCUUUUGCAGCCAGAUAGAGUUAUUUAUCUGGUUCGCGGAGAGAAAAGGAUCAGAACCCCUUUAUCGCAACUUUAUUUCUGUCGCUACUGUAGUGAGCUACGGUCUCUGGAAUGUGUGUCUCACGAGGUGGACUCCCAUUAUUGUCCAAGCUGUCUGGAGAACAUGCCAUCUGCAGAGGCUAAGCUUAAAAAGAACAGGUGUGCAAACUGUUUUGACUGCCCAUGUUGCAUGCACACACUGUCUACUCGGGCCACCAACAUCCCAGCUCCUCUGCCUGAUGAUCCCACCAAGACGGCCAUGAAGAAGGCCUACUACCUGGCCUGCGGCUUCUGUCGCUGGACCUCCAGGGAUGUGGGAAUGGCUGACAAAUCAGUUGCCAGCGGUGGAUGGCAGGAGCCAGAGAACCCUCAUACUCAGCGGAUCAACAAGCUGAUCGAGUAUUACCAGCAGCUGGCCCACAGAGAGAAGCAGGAGAGAGACAGGAAGAAGCUGGCCAGGAGACGACAGUGCAUGCCUCUGGCAUUCUCGCAACACACAAUUCAUGUGGUGGAAAAAUAUGGCCUUGGAACCAGACUGCAGAGGCAGAGGCCUGGAGCCCCCAUAUCAAAUCUGGCUGGCCUUUCCCUUAAAGAGGGUGAGGACCAGAAGGAGAUCACCAUCGAACCUGCCCAGGCCCUUGAUGAAAUGGAACCCCUGCCUGAAGAUUGUUAUACCGGGCCUGUCAGUUUACCAGAGGUGACCACGCUGCGCCAGCGGCUUCUGCAGCCUGACUUCCAGCCUGCGGGGGCAUCUCAGCUCCACCCCAGACACAAACACCUUCUGAUGAAGCGCUCCCUGCGCUGCAGGAAAUGUGAGCACAACUUGAGCAAGCCAGAGUUUAAUCCCACUUCAAUCAAGUUUAAAAUUCAGCUGGUGGCUGUGAGUUACAUCCCAGAAGUGAGAAUUAUGUCCAUUCCAAAUCUCCGGUACAUGAAGGAGAGCCAAGUGCUGCUGACCCUGACCAACCCGGUGGAGAACGUCACCCACGUCACAUUGGCUUCUUGUGACGAGGAAGAUCCUGAUGACAUCAACAGCACUGCCAAGGUUAUAGUACCCAGCAAGGAACUGGUCUUGGCAGGAAAGGAUGCUGCCGCUGAGUAUGAUGAACUGGCUGAACCCCAGGACUUCCAGGAUGACCCAGAUGUUGUUGCCUUCAGGAAAUCCAACAAGAUUGGUUUCUUCAUCAAAGUGAUCCCUCAGAAAGAAGAGGACACCGAUGUCACCGUUUCAUUUAAGAUCCGACAUGACUUCCGGAACCUCGCAGCUCCUGUCAGGCCGAGCGAGGAGGCAGCUGACACCACCGCUGAGGCCAUUUGGCUCACGCACCAUGUAGAGCUGAGGCUGGGACCGCUCGCUCCCUGAACAUGAAUACUCUGGUUACCAUCAGACAGCCCUAGUGUUGGGUUCUUUGACCUAAUUUCUUUAAACUGUGGGAUUCAUUUCAUUUACAAAUCAUUUCUGAUUCUGCUUAUUGACAUCCAUUUGAGAUCUACUUGGCAUACAGAGUUAAUUUUGUUUGUUGUUGUUGAAGUUGCUUAAUCAAAUACAUUGUGGAACAUACGGUCAUUGCAUGAUAGGAAAGUUUAUAAACUAUAUGAAACCAUGGCUGACUGCAGACUAACUGAUAAGUUUAACUUCACUUAAUGCUCUUUUAUUUAUUUAUAUAUUUUUUAAUGUUGCUAAAUGCAGUACCCAUAUAUAUCACGAUUUACUGUAUUCCACCACAUCAUCCCCCUCUGUUUACACUAUACCAUCUAUCAUUAAAAAGCACUAUUAGUGUGAGGUUACUUGCAGAACCAUAUAUAUUAAAAAAAAGAAAUUAUCGAAAAAUGGUGCCGUUAUGUUAAAAAAAUUCCACUUGCUGUUGCUGGAAUGUGAAAAAGGACCUCUCAGCCUCUGCCUCCAUACUAAUUAUGUUAUGUCUUACUAAAUGUAUUAGCUGUGGAUUUUGUGUGGAAUAUUGGUCUGUAAUAGUUUAAUAUAACAAGAUUAUAGAAACAGUAGAGCGUAAAUGACAGAAGUCGAUAAGCAGAGUCAGAAAUUAUAAUUGAGAACAAUCGGAUCAAUUCACAAUUGUGCAGCACACGUGACUGUGCGUUCCGAAUAUGUAUGCUUGUCAACUUAUUUUCUGCAGACAGUAGUGUCGUAUUAACUCGCAUGCUUCAACUAUAGUAAAUAUCACACUCAUUAGACAAUGUCAUCACAGUUACCAAUCCUGUACUGUUUUCUUAGAAAGCUUCUUGGGUUUAAGGUGAUACCAGCCCAUAAUUUUACUAUUGUCUGAAGUCAAACCUUCACUGGCACUGUGGGGAGGAUGUAUAAGAAGGUCUGUAAAUUACAUGAAGUACAAAGUGUUCAUCAUUUAAAUGUACUGAGACACUAUAAUUUCUUUCCUGAUUUUAAAAAUGAAUAGUUUUGGUUUUGUAGAAUUCACUGACUUCUCUGUCGGUGUAUAUUGUAAGCUGCUGUUAUUGUUGGUCUCAAGUGUGUCAGUAUAACAGAGCCUUACAACAAACAGUUAAUCCUCUGUAUCGGCUAAUAAAAUAAUGUGUUACUGUAA